GUAGAGAGAGGGAGACACCAUAUCCGUGGCAGGCUCCAGGCUCUGAACUGUCAGCACGGAGCUUGAUUGGGGGCUGGAACUCACCAGAAGGGAGAUCUGGGCCUGAGCCGGAGUCCUUCGCUUAACCGACUGACUGAGCCACUCAGGCGUCCCCAGUCUCCUGCGUGCCCACCACCCCCACACCCGCCUCGCCCCGACCUUUUUUUUUUUUUAAAGAAGUUAAACUCCUUGCUGGGAAAGACCUGUGAACUAGUCUGUUGGUGGCUGGGAAAGAAAAUGGACCCAAGCAAGACCCAGGAAAGGCCAGGGAUGGGGGAAAAAAGCGCCCCCAUCGGAAGCACAGCACUUGCCGUGCAGGGCUGGUGGCAAACCCAUGCGUCUGGGGCUUGUUUUAUUCUCAAUUAUCUUAUCUCUUUGGUCUGUUUCUGUGUUUUUUAGUUUAUUAUGACAUUAUGCAUUCACUUAUGAGUGUUGGCAAGCAAGAGUCAUCAGCCCAAUAACUUCCUGACAUUUUUAGCUCUUUUAAUGUGCAAUCUUUGCCCUCCUGCCACAAGUGGCAAGGUAAUUGAAUUUCCCUGUUACUUACUGGCGGGAGGCAUGUUCUGGUUCCCACCAGAGGAGCACUAAAGCUGGGUUCAUAGAAUUCUGCCUAGGGGAUACGGGGGCUUCCGAGUGGUUUGGGGGCCUGUCCGAAAUGCAGUCCACACAAGAAUAGAUGUGUUUUUCCCAUCACAGACUUGAAAAGGCCCCAGGGUGAACGGCCAUAUAAAAUAGGAUAAAAUCGUGUUUACUUCCCCAGGCUGAAGCCUCAGCAGGGAGAUGGGCUUUUCUUCUCCUUCUCCUGUAGCAAAUAGAAACUGGGAAACUUUGGAGGCCUCUGGGCUCAUCUCACAGAUAACCCCAAACAUUCAACAAAGCCCUUAGAUGCUUUUUUCACUCCCACCUAUGUGUCUUUGUAACCUGCAGGCUGAAAGAGGGGAAAUAAGCCCUUAAAAAUACAUUUAUCUCCUUUCAUCUCCUUUUCCCCCCAUCUUCAGCCUCUGUGAGUACAUGAACUAAAAUGGUGAAGAAGCGCUGCCAUUUCUAGGUGUGUGAGCUUGGGCAGAUUUCUUCAUCCUCUAAGCUUCCAUUUCCUCAUCUGUAACAUGGGGGGAGCCGCAGGACCCACCACACUGGGGACCUCGUUAGCAUUGCAGGAAAACACUUGCCUGGUACCAGAUAAACUUCUGCACUGGAGGGGCCUCUCCUCCCCUCGUUCUGCACAUGGAGCUCUAAUCCCCACGCCCGGGAUGAGUGCAGAAUAUACCCCGCAGGGUAUUUGUAAAGAUGAGCCCAGCAGCUACACAUGUACAACUUGCAAACAGCCAUUCACCAGUGCAUGGUUUCUCUUGCAACACGCACAGAACACUCAUGGAUUAAGAAUCUACUUAGAAAGCGAACACGGAAGUCCCCUGACCCCGCGGGUUGGUAUCCCUUCAGGACUAGGUGCAGAAUGUCCUUCCCAGCCACCUCUCCAUGGGAUUCAUAUUGCAGACAAUAACCCCUUUAACCUGCUAAGAAUACCAGGAUCAGUAUCGAGAGAGGCUUCCGGCCUGGCAGAAGGGCGCUUUCCACCCACUCCCCCCCUGUUUAGUCCACCACCGAGACAUCACUUGGACCCCCACCGCAUAGAGCGCCUGGGGGCGGAAGAGAUGGCCCUGGCCACCCAUCACCCGAGUGCCUUUGACAGGGUGCUGCGGUUGAAUCCAAUGGCUAUGGAGCCUCCCGCCAUGGAUUUCUCUAGGAGACUUAGAGAGCUGGCAGGGAACACGUCUAGCCCACCGCUGUCCCCAGGCCGGCCCAGCCCUAUGCAAAGGUUACUGCAACCAUUCCAGCCAGGUAGCAAGCCACCCUUCCUGGCGACGCCCCCCCUCCCUCCUCUGCAAUCCGCCCCUCCUCCCUCCCAGCCCCCGGUCAAGUCCAAGUCAUGCGAGUUCUGCGGCAAGACGUUCAAAUUUCAGAGCAACCUCGUGGUGCACCGGCGCAGCCACACGGGCGAGAAGCCCUACAAGUGCAACCUGUGCGACCACGCGUGCACGCAGGCCAGCAAGCUGAAGCGCCACAUGAAGACGCACAUGCACAAGUCAUCCCCCAUGACGGUCAAGUCCGACGACGGCCUCUCCACCGCCAGCUCCCCGGAACCCGGCACCAGCGACCUGGUGGGCAGCGCCAGCAGCGCGCUCAAGUCUGUGGUGGCCAAGUUCAAGAGCGAGAACGACCCCAACCUGAUCCCGGAGAAUGGGGACGAGGAGGAAGAGGAGGACGACGAGGAAGAGGAAGAAGAGGAGGAAGAGGAGGAGGAGGAGCUGACGGAGAGCGAGAGGGUGGACUACGGCUUCGGGCUGAGCCUGGAGGCGGCGCGCCACCACGAGAACAGCUCGCGGGGCGCGGUGGUGGGCGUGGGCGACGAGGGCCGCGCCCUGCCUGAUGUCAUGCAGGGCAUGGUGCUCAGCUCCAUGCAGCACUUCAGCGAGGCCUUCCACCAGGUCCUGGGCGAGAAACACAAGCGCGGCCACCUGGCCGAGGCCGAGGGCCACAGGGACACUUGCGACGAAGACUCGGUGGCCGGCGAGUCGGACCGCAUAGACGAUGGCACUGUUAACGGCCGCGGCUGCUCCCCGGGCGAGUCGGCCUCGGGGGGCCUGUCCAAAAAGCUGCUGCUGGGCAGCCCCAGCUCGCUGAGCCCCUUCUCCAAGCGCAUCAAGCUCGAGAAGGAGUUCGACUUGCCCCCGGCCGCGAUGCCCAACACGGAGAACGUGUACUCGCAGUGGCUCGCUGGCUACGCGGCCUCCAGGCAGCUCAAAGAUCCCUUCCUUAGCUUCGGAGACUCCAGACAAUCGCCUUUCGCCUCCUCGUCGGAGCACUCCUCGGAGAACGGGAGCUUGCGCUUCUCCACGCCGCCCGGGGAGCUGGACGGAGGGAUCUCGGGGCGCAGCGGCACGGGAAGUGGAGGGAGCACGCCCCAUAUUAGUGGUCCGGGCCCGGGCAGGCCCAGCUCAAAAGAGGGCAGACGCAGCGACACUUGUGAGUACUGUGGGAAAGUCUUCAAGAACUGUAGCAAUCUCACUGUCCACAGGAGAAGCCACACGGGCGAAAGGCCUUAUAAAUGCGAGCUGUGCAACUAUGCCUGUGCCCAGAGUAGCAAGCUCACCAGGCACAUGAAAACGCAUGGCCAGGUGGGGAAGGACGUUUACAAAUGUGAAAUUUGUAAGAUGCCUUUUAGCGUGUACAGUACCCUGGAGAAACACAUGAAAAAAUGGCACAGUGAUCGAGUGUUGAAUAAUGAUAUAAAAACUGAAUAGAGGUAUAUUAAUACCCCUCCCUCACUCCCACCUGACACCUCCUUUUUUCACCACCCCCCCUUCCCCAUCGCCCUCCAGCCCCACUCCCUGUAGGAUUUUUUUCUAGUCCCAUGUGAUUAAACAAACAAACAAACAGAAGUAACGGAAGCUAAGAAUAUGAGAGUGCUUGUCACCAGCACACCUGUUUUUUUUUUUCUUUUUCUUUUUUUCUUUUUCUUUUUUUCCUUUAUGUUCUCACCGUUUGAAUGCAUGAUCUGUAUGGGGCAAUACUAUUGCAUUUUACGCAAACUUUGAGCCUUUCUCUUGUGCAAUAAUUUACAUGUUGUGUAUGUUUUUUUUUUUUAAACUUAGACAGCAUGUAUGGUAUGUUAUGGCUAUUUUAAAUUGUCCCCGAUUCGUUGCUGAGCAAACAUGUUGCUGUUUCCAGUUCCGUUCUGAGAGAAAAAGAGAGAGAGAGAGAAAAAGACCAUGCUGCAUACAUUCUGUAAUACAUAUCAUGUACAGUUUUAUUUUAUAACGUGAGGAGGAAAAACAGUCUUUGGGUUAACCCUCUAAAGACAGAAUAGACAGCACUGAAAGAAAAUCUCUAUGAGCUAUAUGUCUGUCUCUAGAGGGUUAAAUGUAUCAAUUGGAGAGGAAAAAAAAAGGCCUUGAAUUGACAAAUUUUAACAGAAAAACAAAACAAGUUUAUUCUAUCAUUUGGUUUUAAAAUAUGAGUGCCUUGGAUCUAUUAAAACCACGUUGAUGGUUCUUUCUACUUGUUAUAAACUUGUAGCUUAAUUCAGCAUUGGGUGAGGUAAGAAAUCUUAGGACCUAGCAUAUAAUUCUAUAUUGUAUUUCUCACAACAAUGGCUACCUAAAAAUAUGACCCACUAUGUCCUAGUUAAUCAUCAUUUUCCCUUUAGUUUAAUCUUAUAAGCAAAACUGAUUAUACCAGUAUAAACGCUAUUUUGCUCCUGGUGAGAGCUUAAAAGAAAUGGGCUGUUUUGCCCAAAGUUUUAUUUUUUUUUUUAAAUGAUGAUUAAAUUGAAUGUGCAACGUGCAAAAGCCCCGGAAUACAAUUAAAUACAUUAGUAAGGAAUUCAUUUUAUGAAGAUAACUUAAAUAAUGUCUGUUCAAAAAAUUCUGGCACCAAAAGAAAUAGAUCCAGAUCUACUUGGUUGUCAAAGGGACAAUCAAAUGAUAAACUUUAAGACCUCGUAGACCAUAUUAAAAAGAAGAGACUGACAAUAAGGUUUGACAGGAGGGUAACAGAGGAAGAAAAUACGUGAUCUUUUAGCACAACGUGGUACUAUUUGCCAUUUUAAACUAGAACAGGUGUAUAAGCUAAUAUUGAUACAAUGAUGAUUAACUAUGAAUUCUUAAGACUUGUGUUUAAAUGUGACAUUCUUAAAAAAGAAGAGAAAGAAUUUUAAGAGUAGCAGUAUAUAUGUCUGUGCUCCCUAAAAGUUGUACUUCAUUUCUUUUCCAUACACUGUGUGCUAUUUGUGUUAACAUGGAAGAGGAUUCAUUGUUUUUAUUUUAUUUUUUUAAUUUUUUCUUUUUUAUUAAGCUAGCAUCUGCCCCAGUUGGUGUUCAAAUAGCACUUGACUCUGCCUGUAAUAUCUGUAUCUUUUCUCUAAUCAGAGAUACAGAGGUUGAGUAUAAAAUAAACCUGCUCAGAUAGGACAAUUAAGUGCACUGUACAAUUUUCCCAGUUUACAGGUCUAUACUUAAGGGAAAAGUUGCAAGAAUGCUGAAAAAAAAAAAAAAUUGAACACAAUCUCAUUGAUGAGCAUUUUUAAAAAAAAAAAACUAAAAAAAAAAAAAACUUUGCCAGCCAUUUACUUGACUAAUGAGCUUACUUACUCGGACUCAACAUUGCAAGCGCUGUGAAUGGAAAACAGAAUACACUUAACAUAGAAAUGAAUGAUUGCUUUCGCUUCUACAGUGCAAGGAUUUUUUUGUACAAAACUUUUUUAAAUAUAAAUGUUAAGAAAAAAAUUUUUUUAAAAAACACUUCAUUAUGUUUAGGGGGGAACUGCAUUUUAGGGUUCCAUUGUCUUGGUGGUGUUACAAGACUUGUUAUCCAUUUAAAAAUGGUAGUGGAAAUUCUAUGCCUUGGAUACACACCGCUCUUCAGGUUGUAAAAAAAAAAAAAAACAUACAUUGGGGAAAGGUUUAAGAUUAUAUAGUACUUAAAUAUAGGAAAAUGCACACUCAUGUUGAUUCCUAUGCUAAAACACAUUUAUGGUCUUUUUUCUGUAUUUCUAGAAUGGUAUUUGAAUUAAAUGUUCAUCUAGUGUUAGGCACUAUAGUAUUUAUAUUGAAGCUUGUAUUUUUAAUUGUUGCUUGUUCUCUUAAAAGGUAUCAAUGUACCUUUUUUGGUAGUGGAAAAAAAAAAAGACAGGCUGCCACAGUAUAUUUUUUUAAUUUGGCAGGAUAAUAUAGUGCAAAUUAUUUGUAUGCUUCAAAAAAAAAAAAAAGAGAGACAAACAAAAAAGUGUGACAUUGUACAGAUGAGAAGCCAUAUAAUGGCGGUUUGGGGGAGCCUGCUAGAAUGUCACACGGAUGGCUGUCAUAGGGGUUGUACAUAUCCUUUUUCGUUCCUUUUUCCUGCUGCCAUACUGUAUGCAGUACUGCAAGCUAAUAACGUUGGUUUGUUAUGUAGUGUGCUUUUUGUCCCUUUCCUUCUAUCACCCUACAUUCCAGCAUCUUACCUUCAUAUGCAGUAAAAGAAAGAAAGAAAAAAAAGGAAAAAAAAAAACAAAAACAAUGUUUUGCAGUUUUUUUCAUUGCCAAAAACUAAAUGGUGCUUUAUAUUUAGAUUGGAAAGAAUUUCAUAUGCAAAGCAUAUUAAAGAGAAAGCCCGCUUUAGUCAAUACUUUUUUGUAAAUGGCAAUGCAGAAUAUUUUGUUAUUGGCCUUUUCUAUUCCUGUAAUGAAAGCUGUUUGUCGUAACUUGAAAUUUUAUCUUUUACUAUGGGAGUCACUAUUUAUUAUUGCUUAUGUGCCCUGUUCAAAACAGAGGCACUUAAUUUGAUCUUUUAUUUUUCUUUGUUUUUAUUUUUUUUUUUAUUUGGAUGACCAAAGGUCAUUACAACCUGGCUUUUUAUUGUAUUUGUUUCUGGUCUUUGUUAAGUUCUAUUGGAAAAACCACUGUCUGUGUUUUUUUGGCAGUUGUCUGCAUUAACCUGUUCAUACACCCAUUUUGUCCCUUUAUUGAAAAAAAUAAAAAAAAUUAAAGUACACAAUGUAAGCUUCUUGUGUCCUCAUUUGACACACUCUGUAAAUUACUUUCAAGAAAAUAACAGGUUUUAAGAGAAGGCCAGUCAGUCUUUUUCAGGAUUAUUUCUAUGGGCAUUUUGAUGCGUGCAUUAUACCCUAAAGGAACAUAAAGUGCUUACUAUAUUAAAAUAGACAUAUCUCAAAACAUGGAAAUAGUUUUUAGAUUUUAUAGUUCUAGAAUAAUUUUCAAGAAAUGGAAAGUGUUUUCAGUCUGAUGUUAAAAACUUUCCCUUCAUGUCUUAACAAUAAUCCACCCAGAUAUAAAUGAAAAAUUGACUGGUAAUAGCAUCUUAAACUUUUACUUCCUUUGGAUUUUUUGCUGUUCUUGUUGUCUGAAAGUUCUUUUCUAUUCUCCCUCCCCUGCCCUAUCUUAGAACAUAAUGUAAAAAAAGAUUUUUUAAAAAGUUAGCUCUUUCAUUUCCAUAUGAGUCUUUCUUCAUACCAAAAAUAACAUCACCCUCCCCCCCCCCCAUAAAUAUCCAGAAACAAAGGCAUCAUGUUAACGAGAGAAAGAGGGAGAGAGAGAAGUAACCAGUAGUUCAGCCAGAUGUGGCAAAUCUGUGGAAUCAGCCACUGAUUUCCUGAGAUAUAUGGUGGUUUGCCUUGUGAUCCUGUGAUCUUAGGGACCAGAGAUGGGACAGAUCUUUUAGAACUUUUUAUAGUGUCUUCCUGACUGGUAGCAAAUGAGAGGGGGGAAUAUGCUUCAGUGAUCUUUUGCCCAACCAACAGAUUUAUGAAAUGAAACAUAGCCUUUGAAAAGCAAGUUAGGUCCAUUAUAAAAACCCCUCCUUAGAAAUCUGUGUUGUCAGUUUUACAAAUACUGCAUGCUGCAGCAUCUAUUUGCUUUAUUAAAACACAUACUUCUGUGAUACUGUCUCCCUGUUCCCAGUGUAGAUGAAUGGAUACAACGUUGUUCUUCUUUUUGUAAAAACCAAAACAAAAGCCGUUCUGUUGUCUUCUUGUGGUAGCAUUUUCGUUGCUCAGUUCUUAUGCCCUGGUGCCUGUGAGGUGGCCUUUUCAUGUAAUGCCUUUUAUCUGAGACAGGAAUAGUUUUAUCCUUCUAAAAUACACAGAAAGUAGGUGUAUUUUUUUUAAAGCCAGUUUGGGUGGGAAGCAGAGAGUGGAGGCAGAGAGGAAUCCCGUGAGAGAAGAUUUGGGGUUGGGUAUAGGGGCUGGGAUCAGAUGGAUGUAUCUCGCAGAACUUGAUAAUUGGCAGUGACCUGAGAGGAGAUAUUUGUGUUUUGAAUUAGGUUACUUCACAACUGAAUCCAGAAUGCUAUUCAAGAUAGAAAUAUUCUCCAGUGCCAUGCCAGUUUGCGAUGUGGUGACUUCUGCUCCACCGUAUUAAAUGUCCAUAAAACCACUGUGUGUCCCUAUUACUCUUUUAUUAGGAGCUAUGAGUGCAGCUGUGCAAGUUUUAUAUACAGUGUUCAUUUUAAUUUUUCAAUAUAUGAUGCUCUUAGCAUAAUUAGGUUUUGCAUCCUGACAGACAGAAUUAAUGGCAGAUACUGUAUACUUACUUGUAUGUUCAAAUUUCUUAAAUCAAAUGGGGAAUGGGGAGGGGUGCAAACAUGUGGUGAUAAAUCACAGAUUAUGUUUGAUUUACAUGGUCCCAAAGUUAAAUAAAUUUAUCGGGAGACACGUUCUUCAGGGUACUCAGUCUCCUGGCUUAUUGAAGCCCUCUUAUAAAAUAUGAUUUCUGAAGCUGAGUGAACAAUACGAGCAUGAAAAUCUAGGCAAUAAAAAUAUAAGUUAUAACUGACAUCUGUAUCUGGAACCCCCGAAUUAAAAAUCUUAAUGCAAAAUAACAAAAAACAUUUCCAACAGAGGAUGAAUUCGAGAUUUUUUUAAAAUGAGGAAAUGCUAAGGAUAUUAACAGUUUUCAGAAUUCUCAAGUUUAUGCGACACCCCAGAUGUGUUGAUGCAAUGUUCUUUACCCACCUGAACUCUUAACGCGUCAAUGUUCCUUUUUAUCUUCAUUUUGAGAACAGCUUCAUAAUAAACAGGAGUACAGCAAAUACUAUUUCUCACAGAUUUUAACUUAGAAACCCUCCCAGUGCGUGGGCUCUCCCCAUCCUGAGACCAUUUCCUAUCUUCUCUUUGUUUAGGACCCUACAAAAGGACCGAAGCCAAAUCAUUGCAAAGGUGGCUAAGAAGUGGGGUGAACACUUGUUUCUUCAUUUGUACCAGCCAUGGCAGGAAGUGUGGAGUAGUUGAGUUUUUCCCAGGGCAUUCUGUGCUAGAACUGUUUAUUUAAAUACCAUUUUUGUGUGUGUAAUAAGUCCAUACUGUAUACGUUCAUGAUGCUGGAAGUGAGGAUUUGAAAGGCAGUGGCAGUGGGAGUUAGAUAUCGUUUCAUUUGGAGAAAUAAGGAAAUGAGGUUUAUUCACAGACACUAAAAGUUUGUUCAAAGGUGCUGGGAUAUUUCAGGCUUUCCUGAAAAGGAGUUGAGGAGCCUCAGGCCCCAUCCUGUCCUGCUUCGAACACUUCAGAGUGAGAGGGAGGAAAUACGGUGUUUUCUUUCUUUCUUUCUUUCUUUCUUUCUUUCUUUCUACCUCUUUCCCCUGCUCCGCGCGUGCACACACUAACAUGAGUUCUUAGGACUGUGUUGUAGUCGUGUUCUCUUCAUUAAGAUUCUGUUACUCCAUCGUCCCUGGGCCUGGUGUGUUCAAGAAUGUACCCAUCCCAUUCUCUUUUCUUUUUCAGACAACUUCCCAUUUAAAAAAAAAAAGAAAGAAAGAAAGAAACGAAAGAAAUGUGGGAAUUUUGCCAGUGUGAGGAUGGGAUUGGCAGUGUUCUUUAAACCUGCUUGGAAAAAUAUUUUUUAAAAGACCGUUAACUUUUUAACAGGCACGAGGCACUUAGCAAAUUUUCCUAAGUGUCUCCUAAGGCCCUGCCGCUUUCCCAAUUAAAACUAAAUGAACCCAUGUUUAGAGCAACGGACAUCAGAACACACAGCCAGAAUUGGGAUUCUGGACGUUUAUUCCAGGGCUGCUCUAGCUACAAAUUGUAGACAUGGGUUGUUGGGUGUGCACUUUUCCUUGCUGUCAUCUUGUUAUCCCAUUAGCCCUCUGUUUCAUUGAGUAAAACACAUGGCCAGUGAAUCAGCCUUUAGGGGGGAUGGGUCUGUUUCUCUCUCUCUCUCUAUUUCCCAGUGUCAUCUGUGGUCAUGGGAAGCGAUUAAUUCCUCCCUUCCAAAAGGGGAAAGGAGAUGAGUACAGUUCACCUGGGUCAUUUGUACUCAAGAUCCUAAACUUGCCUGAACAACUCCAACGGUUGAUCCAAAUACUGUUUUUCCUUUCUGUAAAGUGGCAAAGACUACUUAAAGGGAGCAUAUAUAUUAGGUCCUUGUGAUUCAGCAGAAAGGGCAAAUUAAGCGAUUUCCCCAAUGUCUCUCUUCUAACGCAGGACACCCCCCCGCCCAAACCCAUAGGGGGCUGUGCUUUUCAAUAACGUAGAGCGUGGUACAUGCCCAGGCCGUAUUUUGUCUGUUAGAGCUUUCAAUACUGGUAGCAGGUCUGACAAAGGGGUUCGAUGGGGGUAUCAGCCAGAGGGGCCUCCACGACAGUGGCAGGGCUGGACUGGGAACGGGGUUCCCCAGAGCCCACCUGGACACAGGAGGCCCCUCAGCCCUGGUCUCCACUGCGCAGGGGGCAUUCGAGAGAGCAGCUGAGCUCCAGACCCUGGGCCUCCUGCGGCGCCAAGUCGGGGGAGAGGAGGCCCCAGGCCCCUGCUUCGGGUCGCCAUGGCAACGAGCCCUGGAAUGCCACAGUGGUAGCCCUCUUCCUCGGCACAUCCGGACUCCCAGUUCUGCUGCUUCAAGUCAAUGUAACACAGCAAAGGGAGGAACCCCGGAGGAGAAUAACCACUCCCUUCUUCCCUUCACCAUUGCCUUCCCCCUUUACCAAAAAGAAAAAAAAAAAAAAAAAGAAAAGAAAAGAAAACUGCAUGUUUGAAAGAAACUACAGGCAGUUUUUGGUGCAAUUUGGGAGCAACUAUUUUGGGUUCUGGUUUCCUCUUCAGGGAUGUGUUCGCCUCUUGUAAAUCGUUGGCUGCUUUGACGUUGAACUUGAUGACAUUUCAUGUUUUCGUUGUGCUGCUUUUACAUCAAUUUUGAGUUUUUGUUUCUUUAUAAUUUUAUUAUUAUUUUAAGGAAAUGUCCCCCUUCCCUCCUCCCUCCCCUGUUCUCCUCAACCAAAGGACUGUUUCCUACUCAGUUUUCUCAGUCAUAAGGGAAAGUGUUUCCUUCCAGGUUCUUCACACACCCCCAUUCGGCGUAGUACCCAGAGAGCUCAAGAUGUGUGGCAGUUUUCGGAUGGAAGCUCGAGAGCCCUUAAGUUCUGAGAAAAUUUGAAGUCCCCAGGGGCGGGGUGGACGCGUGCUGCCCAGCCGACAUCUGCGUGGCCUGUCAUCCUGCUAGUUUGUGAUGUUUUCCGACAGUAGCCUCCAAGAAGCCGUUGUGCGAAGACAGAGUCCUGCAGAGUCCUUCCUGCCCAGGCCUGCAGUGCCAUUUUAUUUAUAUUUUUUAAAAAAAAGUAAAAGCAAAAAAACAGACCCACAUUGGAACGGUGAAUCAGUCCCAUAUAGAGGGCCCAUGGACCAUCGCUGUCCUGAGUGACGUCCUGGCCCUUUUGAAACCAGCCAACCUAAUUUACCUGUAUUGUGGAAUCGAGCAUGAGUCCCCCAACCCCUUGUUUCUAUACAUUCUAUGUUGUCUUUUAAAAAGUGUGCUUAACAUUGACACAAUAAAUGUUGGAGCUUUA